AUGGAGCUCUCCCGGAACCUGUAUGAGACCCCUGGGGAUAUGCUGGGCACCUUCCUGAGUCAAGACCUUCAGCCCCAAAGGGUUUGGAAGGAGGAAAUUCAGGAUGUAUGGCAUAGAAUCGAGGGGUUCUUUCUUGAGCAGUGCUUCCGUGAUGAGCUGGUUCUGGACCAAAAAGUCAAGGUCCUGAAGGUGGUAAAGGGAGGUUCCUCAGGGAAGGGGACCAUACUGAAUCAGCACUCAGACGUGGACAUGGUUCUGUUCCUAAGCUGCUUUUCCAGUUUCAAGGAUCAGGCACAGCACCGAAAAGACAUCAUCGACUUCAUUAAGGAGAAACUGGAGCGCUGCGGAAAAAGCCUGGCCUACAACAUCAGUGUGGUCCAACACAGAGAGGGGAAAAGGACCCCGCGCUCCCUGACCUUAAUGGUCCAGCCCAAGGAGAGCAGUGACGUCAUGCGGGUGGAUGUGCUCCCGGCCUUUGAUGCCCUGGGAUCCUUUAACCCAAACUCUAAACCAGCACCAGAAAUCUAUGAGAAUUUAAUAACUAGCGAGGGCCACCCUGGCGAGUUCUCAUCAAGCUUCACAGAGCUACAGAGACACUUUGUGAAAAGCCGUCCAGUUAAACUGAAGAAUCUUCUUCUGCUGGUGAAGCACUGGUACCUGCAGUACGUGAAACACAAAUAUCGAGCACCAUUGCCCCCAAAAUAUGCACUGGAGCUCCUGACCAUCUACGCCUGGGAGACGGGGACAGGUGAAGGAGAGAACUUCAAGUUGGAAGAAGGGCUUAUAGCUGUGAUGAAUCUCCUCAGAAAUUAUGAAAACAUUUGCAUCUACUGGACCAAAUACUACGAUUUCCAAAACGAGGUUGUCGGAAACGCCAUCAAACAACAGUUGAAGAGUUCCAGGCCCAUUAUCCUAGACCCAGCUGACCCCACCAAUAACUUGGGAAGGAGACAAGGAUGGGCCCAGGUGGCUGAAGAAGCUGGUAACUGCCUACGGCAGGUCUGUUGCUUACAAAAAGUCCCCAGGCCAGGCUGGCAAGUACAGCCAGCAAGGGACAUGCCGGUGACCGUUAAACAGAGAGACAUGGAAGCACCCGGCGCCAGUGGCUCACGCCUGAUCAACAGAAUCAUUGGAGCUGAAAGCCAGCUGGAGAGGAGCCCCCUUAAGAAAGGAGGUGUGUACUGGGAGGCUGGGGAGUGUGUGGCUAUAUAUGACCAACCAGCGGUGGUCCACUCCACAGAGAUGGCCCUGGCCCAGGAGCUCUACAGCAUCCCAGCCUCCAGGCUGGACUCCUUCGUGAGCCAGUGGCUACAGCCCAGACAUGAAUGGAAGGAAGAGGUGCUGGAGGCUGUUCGGACUGUGGAGCAGUUCUUGAGGCAAGAAUGUUUCCAGGGAGAUCGGAGCCUGGGCCAGGAGGUGCAGGUGCUCAAGGUGGUCAAGGUGGGCUCCUUUGGGAAUGGCACAGUACUCAGGAAUGAAACGGAUGUGGAGCUGGUAGUGUUCCUGAGCUGUUUCCACAGCUUCGGGGAAGAGGCCAAGAUCUACCAAGCCAUCAAACUCAUGCAGAGGAGCGUAUGGUGUUCCAAGGACCUGCUGGCCCUUGGGCUCAGAGACGCGAGGAUGGAAGAAGUCCCCAGCGCUCUGGUGCUCACCAUGGAGCCCAUCAAUGUCACCAUCAUGCCUGCCUUCAGGGCUCUGGGGCCUUCAGUUCAGCCACCCACUGAGGUCUACGUGCGUCUGAUCCAGGCUUGUAGGUACCCUGGAAACUUCUCCCCCUCCUUUGGUGAACUUCAGAGAAACUUUGUGAAACAUCGACCGACGAAGCUGAAAUCCCUCCUGCGCCUGGUGAAACAUUGGUAUUAUCAGUAUGUGAAAGCCAAAUGCCCCAGGGCCAAUCUGCCCCCUCUCUACGCCCUAGAACUACUGACAGUCUAUGCCUGGGAAGAAGGAACAAAGGAGGAAAACAAUUUCCGGUUGGAGGAAGGCCUCACCACGGUGAUGGAGUUGCUCCAGGAAUAUGAACUCAUCUGCAUCCAUUGGACUAAGUUCUACUCACUUCAGAACCCAAUCAUUGGUGACUGUGUCAGAAAACAGCUCAAAAAACAGAGGCCCAUCAUCCUGGACCCAGCAGACCCCACCCACAAUGUGGCAGGUGGCUACAGAUGGGACAUAGUGGCUCAGAGGGCCAGCCAGUGCCUGAAACAGGACUGUUGCUAUGACAUCAGGGCGAGCCCGGUCCCCAGCUGGACUGUGCAGACAGCACCAGACAUCCAGGUGACAGUAAAGCAGUGGGGUCACUCGGACUUGAUCCUCUGGGUGAACCCUUAUGAAUCCAUCAAGAAAGUUAAAGAGAGAAUCUGCCGGAGCCGAGGCUACUUGGGCCUGCAGCGCCUGUCCUUCCAGGAGCCCGGCAGCGAGCCGCAGGUACUCAGCAGUCACUGCUCCUUGGCCUUUUAUGGAAUCUUCUGCAGCACCCACAUCUGCCUGCUGGACACAGUCUCCCCAGAGUUUCAGGUGUUUGUGAAGAACCCGGAUGGUGAGAGCCACGCCUACGCCGUCCACCCCUACCACCCCAUUCAGAGCCUGAAGCAACAGAUCGAAGACCGACUGGGGCUGGGCAGCGGGCAGCAGCAGCUGGAAUUCCGGGGUCACGUGCUGCAGGACUGGUUUGAUUUUGCCUACUAUGGCAUUCAAGACAGCGUCACCCUCACCCUCUCCAAGAAGAAGGCGGAAAAAGCUCCAAUUCCACGCGCCUAGUUUCCUCUAGAAAGUUCCUGUGCAUCCCUGCGAUGUCAUCCUGAACUCAUCCUCUCCUCUAUCAUUCCGGUUCUGUGCUGGGGCAGCCCUACGGCUCCACUGACUUUAUUAAUAGUUGUCCAGCCAUGCCAGUAGGGCACCCAAAGAGAUGUGAGACCAAAUAGACAAAUGGACAAUGGCCAGACCCUAUGUACCAGUAGAAUUCUGGUCUAUAACCUUCUUUAGCAACUACCUGAGAAAGCAAACCACAGCCUUCCCAAGAACCAACCAGAAAGCAAGUCAGGACUCAGUCAACUGCUUCUGGCUUCUCUAAUUCCUCACUUCAUCACUUCCAAUUUAGGGCCAAUCAAGGGAGACAAGUGAGCUCUCUAAACCUAUCCCAAAGCAGCCCUCUCCUGGCUGGCCCACCUCCAACCUCCCUCCAUCAACUCCAUCAACUCCCUCCUUCCCUUGUUUGGACUGACUAGUGAGCUUUCUGUUCACCCUGCCUGGUCUUGGACUCUUGGUCAAAUGUAAGGGAUGGUGGUUGGUUCCUUCCAAGGUUUUUGUUUGUUUCUUUUCUUUUCUUUUCUUUGGUGGCUCAAUCUUUUUUUUUUUAAUUGUGAAAAAUUGUG